AUGAAACAUUUUGCCUUUAGAAACCAACUUCAGAUUGCUUGGAACUCUAACGUUAAUGGCUCUGUUGCCUUUAACUUGACCAACAAACAACAAAGAACUAGGAAAAGAUUGUCUCAUUGGAAUAAAGUUGAGUUUGGAGAUAUUGAUAAAAAUAUCAAUAACUUAGAGAUUCAACUUGAAAAUGCUCAAAAUGAUCUCUUUAAUGACUCUCAGCAUGAAAAUAUUGUGGCUAUCACUAAGAAACUUGAUGAUUGGUUUAAUAUUAAGGAAGAUUUCUAUAAGCAAAAAUCUGGUGAUUCUUUUAUAACUGAAAUAGAUCAUAAUACCAAAUAUUUUCACACAUUAGCUAAUAGAAGGAUGAGUAGGAAAAAUAUCGAUUAUCAUUGUGAUACUAAUGGUGUUUGGUUUAGUGAUUCUAAAGAUAUGGCUAAUUUGCUUGUGGAUCAUUUUUCUCAGGUAAGUAAAACUAUUGUUCCAGUUUUUACUGAUAUCACCUUUGACAUUAUUCCUACUAUUAUUACUGAGCAUGAUAGUUCCUUGUUGACAAGAAUUCCUAAUAGUGAUGAUGUUCACCAAAUCAUCAAACAUAUGAGUGCCUGGAGUUCACCUGGACCUGAUGGAUUUCAGGCAGUUUAUAAAGUUAUUUCAAAAAUCAUUGCUGAUAGAAUUAAACCCUUUUUAAAGCACCUUAUAUCCUCUUACCAAGCAGCUUUUGUUCCAGGUAGAGAUAUUCAUGACAACAUUAUUGUUGCUCAUGAGAUGAUACAUACAAUGAAACAUAAAGAGGGAUAUAGUGGAACCAUGGCUUUAAAACUUGACCUUUCUAAGGCUUUUGAUAGAAUUGAAUGGUCUUUUCUAUUAGGUAUUCAUAGACAAUUUGGUUUUGAUGCUAUAUUUUGUGGUUACAUUGAACAAUGCAUAUCUACAACAAAUAUUUCUGUGUUACUUAAUGGUUCUCCCACUCAAAUUUUCUCUCCAACUAGAGGUAUUAGACAGGAUGAUCCUCUUUCACCCUAUCUUUUCAUUCUUUGUAUGGAAUUUUUGUCUAGGUUGAUCUUAAAUGCUGAGACAAAUCACUUAAUAUCAGGUGUAAAAGCAGCUAGGAAGGCUCCAGGUAUUACUCAUCUUAUGUUUGAUGAUGAUAUUUUAAUUUUUACUAAGGCUGAUAUGCACAACAAAGAGGGUAUUAUGAAUGUUCUUAACUACUUUAGUAGUGUUUCAGGUCAGAUGCUUAACCUAGACAAGUCUAGUGUUUAUUUUAGUCACAAUAUUAGUCCAAGUACUAGAGAAAUUCUAGCCAGAGAACUUAAGAUGACUGAAAUGAAGGAUUCUGAUAAAUACCUUGGUGUUACUUUGCUUAUUGGUAGAGAUAAAACCAAAGCUUUUAAACCCCUUAUUAAAUCUUUUGGCACUAGACUGAAGUUUUGGAAAGGUAAGACUAUGAAUCGCUCAGCUAGAACUACCAUGGUUAAGCAUGUUUUAAAUGCCUUGCCAACUUAUCAAAUGGGUUGUUUUAAAAUUCCUAAAACCAUGAUAGAUCAAAUGGAGUCAAUCCAAAAACAUUUUUGGUGGGGGCAUAGUGAUAACAAGGGUCUUUGUAUGAUAGGAUGGAAUAAACUUAAUAUUCCAAAGGCUCUAGGAGGUCUGGGUUUUAGAAAUCUUGAACAUUUCAAUACUGCUUUGUUGACUAAGAUAGCUUGGAAGGCCUGCAAUGAUGAUAACUCCUUAUUAUGCAGAUUGUUAUGGCUAAGUAUGGCAAGAAUGGUGAAGAUUAUCUUAUCUGGACACCAGAUAGGAGAGACUAAAACUCCAAAUAGAGUUCAACUUUUCAUCUGGAAAUGCUUGAGAGAUAUUGUGCCUGUAAGAGGAAAAUUAGUUUCUUAUAAGUCUGACAUUGAUUCGAAAUGUAGCCUAUGUAGUAAUAGUACUGAGACUAUUAGUCAUCUUCUGGUUGAAUGUACUUAUGCUAGAUCGAUUUGGAAUGCUUUAAAUGUGCACAUUGCUGAUGUUACUCAAAAUUUUGUCACUCUGCAGGAUUGGAUUAUAUCCUGGUUUUAUACUGAUGCAGAUGUGAACAAAAAUAUUAAUUAUAUAUCUGAUUCUCUUGUGUUUAAGCUUAUGUGUGCAGUUUGGUAUAUAUGGAAGGAUAGAUGUAGUUGGAUUUUUCAAUCUGAAAAACCUAAUAUGAAUAGAACUCUCUCGAGAAUUCAUAAUCUUGUUAAGCAAUGUGAAUUUUCUGCUACUUCCUCUAGUGUUCCUAGGAACAGAUUUAUCCUUUCAAAGAUUUGGUUUCCACCUGGUAUAGGUUACAUAAAAGUUAAUAUUGAUGCUUCCUAUGAUUAUGAAACAAGAAAAGGUAGUAUUGGACUAAUAGUGCGUGAUCAUGCAGGGUAUGCGUUAGCAGCGAAAUGA